UUGUCGAUAAGAGUGUUUACAGUUAAUUAGAUAAGGUAAAGUUGUGCAAACAUUUUGUAGUGGUGGACGCGUAGUUAAUGAAAUGGAUAAAUAUUUUGAAGAAAAACGGAUACUGGUCACAGGAGGAUGUUCAGGUAUCGGAAGAGGUGUUGUUUUAGAACUAUGGCGGUUGGGUGCGAACGUCGUAGCCUUAUCACACCAAGCUGACAACCUUUACAAGUUGAAAAGUGAAUAUCCGUCGAUAGAAACCGCCUGUGUCGACGUCCGCGACUGGGAUAGAACGCGUCAAGUCGUCGAUUCCCUCGGGGUUUUCCAUGGAUUGGUCAAUUGCGCGGGAGUGGGAUUAAUGGAGCCAUUCCUGGAGUGUAAGCCGACAACUUUCGAUGCGUCUAUUUCUAUUAACACAAAAGCUAUUCUCAACAUAUCUCAAGUGGUCGCAAAAAAGAUGAUUGACAAUAAAAUCAAGGGUUCCAUAGUUAGUAUAUCUUCACAAGCAUCAAAGGCGGGAUUCCACGACCACGUGGCAUACAGCGCGUCUAAAGGCGCAGUAGACGCAAUGACGCGCGUAAUGGCCGUGGAACUGGGGCCGCACGGCAUCCGCGCCAACGCCGUCAACCCCACAGUGGUACUGACGGAGCUGGGCCGCGAAGUGUGGGCGGAUCAAACGAAGGCAAAACAGAUGAUGUCCAAAAUACCACUCGGCAGAUUUAGUGAAGUCCACGAAGUGGUGAACGCAAUAAUAUUUCUACUGAGUGACAAAGCGAACAUGAUAAACGGAGUCGAACUACCCAUCGACGGCGGAUUCCUAGCGACGUAGUUAUUAAAGAAAUUUUCAAAAUAUUGGAUUCUAUUAAUUAAUCCCA